AUGUCGACCGACAACUCAAACUCGAACCAGAACGAAAUGAAUCGCCAGAGACGUGGUUCCGUUACCCAGCAGGCCAUUGCCGGUCUUUUCAGAAGCAACUCUACUUCGAACGGCGUUGCUUUCCCUGGCACCAGCGACGCACAGAGACGGAGGCUCUCAGUCUCUACCGGUCUCGGCCUUGCUGGCACCUCUCCCACUGGUGCCGGCGCCUUCAACUCGCUGAGGCGGGGAAGCCUGUCAACCAAUUCUAACGACUCUAUCGACGAGAAUGCCGUCGACGAGGAAGAGAUGCCCGCGAACGCCCGCACCGCGCCCGCUACCCCCUUCACCCGCAGAAUGAGCUUCGGAGCUCAGGCCAUGCGCACCAUGCGCACUGGCGGUGGAAGCCCUGGAUCAAACGGUAAUUAUCUACUUCCUGCCUCUACUACCCCCGUGCCCAGCACACCUGCUUCCGAUAGACGCAGCAGCAGCAACUUGCUCCAUUCCCCCCAAAGUAGCAGCUCAGCUCCGAAUGCCAUGACGCCCAAAACGUCAACCAUUGCGCCUGCCCUGUCAUCCGCCACGCGCCGCUCCAGCAGUACUGCACAGGCAAGCAAUGCACAUAAACAAAGAUCCUCUUCUGACUUGUUCUCGCGCCCAGACCAAGGUUUCAACUGGUCCGAGCAGCUUAGAUCUCGCGCGGAAAGCUCUGUUCAAGGCCCGCGACCGUCCUUCUCGUUCGGCUCUGGCCUUUCUUCGUCUCCCCCCCGCGGCAUGAGCAACGCCGGCACCCACGACCGCCAAAAGUCCGUCUCGGACAUGCCUGCACCGCCUGCCCAGGCCGCCACCAUGAAGCCCAAGGCCCCCGAGCGGCCGAAGCCUGAUGCAUUCCAGGAACGCAUUCUGAAGGGCGACUUCUACAUGGAUUGA